AUGGCGGUUGGAAAUAAUGAUGAUCUAGACGCUGUUGAAAUCGUAAAAUUGGUUUUGCUAUCUCUACCGCCUUGGUUUCGUAGUAACGGCAACAGCAUCAACUACAACAUCAACAGCAACAGCAUCAACAGCAAAAAAUACAACAACUACAACAGCCAUCAUCGCCACAGCCAACAUCACCACAGCAACCACAGCAGCAGCAGCAGCAGCUACCACAACGAUAACAGCAACCGUAAAACGUACCACAAGACAGCCAACAUUGGCGGGAAACAGAAUUUCGAUUGUGGAUUUCCAGAAACUCCAGAGCCCCAUUCUGAAUUUUUGCUUCAGUGGAAGAAGAGUAGCAAAGUCGUUCCUAUAUACAUACAGUUUAACGGAUAUGCACCUCAUUUCGACGAUGCAUACAUGGAUCGAAUUCAAAUGACUGACCCAUUCAUAAUGGAGCUGAAGAACAUCCGAACAUCUGAUCAAGGUUUUUACGAAUGUUGGAUAACAAUUGUGCAGGAGAACAAGACGGAAGUCCUUCACAUCGGUCUCAACUACUACCUCACCGUAAACUGUUAG